UGGGGCAACCUGGAUUCCUCUGGAGGGUUCCAGAAGCCCAUACACGGCCAUGUUCUGCUCCUGCUCCUCCUCCUGGCCAGUGGGGCUGAGACCUUUCGCAUCUGUGCCUUCAAUGCGCAGCGGCUGACACUUGCCAAGGUGGCCAGGGAACCUGUGCUCGACACCUUAGUGAAGAUCCUGGCUCGCUGUGACAUCACGGUGCUGCAGGAGGUGGUGGACUCUUCUGACAGUGCCAUCCCCCUCUUGCUUCGAGAACUCAAUCGAUUUGGUGACUCUGGGCCCUACGCCUCCCACAGCAGCCUCCUGCUGGGGCGCAGCACAUACAAGGAGAAGUACGUGUAUAUCUACCGGUCACAUGAGGCAGAGGUUCGGGACUCCUACGUGUACGAGGAUCAGGGUGACCUCUUUACCCGGGAGCCCUUUGUGUGCUGGUUCUCUUUACACAGCAAGGUUCUUCCCAGCCUGGUGCUGGUCCCACUGCACACCACUCCGAAGGCCGUGGAGACAGAGCUGAAUGCCCUGUAUGACGUGUUUCUGGAUGCUUCCAGGCGCUGGCAGACCAAGGAUGUGAUCCUGCUUGGGGACUUCAAUGCUGACUGCGCGUCGCUGACCAAAAAGCGCCUGGAUGACCUAGUCCUUCGGACUCAGGCCGGCUUCCACUGGGCCAUCGCUGACGGCGUGGACACUACGGUGCGGGCUAGCACCCACUGCACCUAUGACCGCAUCGUGCUCCACGGGGAGCACCUCCAGAGCCUGCUGCGUGGCGCAGCUGCCUUCAACUUCCCCCAGAGCUUUGGGCUCACUGAGCAGGAGGCCCUCAACAUCAGUGAUCACUACCCUGUGGAGGUAGACCUGGCGCUGAGCCGGGCAGCGCAUGGGGUCCAGCCCCCCGGCCUGGCCACUCUGUGGCUGUCACUGCUGCUGCCCCUCCUGGCCCUCCAGCUGGGCCUGGUGGCCUGAAGCCACUGCGUACCUGCUGCCCCAAUGUGAGGACUGUCCUGUCUUCUGGACUCAAAGCCCUGCCCUACUCCUAGCCUGCCCUGGUGCCACCCCUCUGUGUGCCUUCGCUUUGGGUGUGUCCUCUGGUCGGGCCUGUGCCUGCCUGUCAUCAGAAGGUGGAAAAGGCAGGUGGGGCCCUGGGGCUGGACCCAUGCCACUUGUCCCCAGGGUAGUGUCAAGAAUGACAAUAGGCUGGGGUAGGGGAUGAGGGGCUCAGGAGAGGUGAUCUUGGCUCAAGGGCAGGGCUCAGAGAAGGGAAUCGCAACAGAUCAAAGGAUUUUAUCCUGAGAAAACCAUCCACUCCAAGAAUAGAAAGCCAGAUGACACAGACAUUACAUGUGUGUAGCAGACGUGCCAAAAGGUCAUCUUUAACAUACACAAGACUCCUAGGAAAAAGUAUUAAGACCCCAGGAGAUACAAGGAUAGACAUCAGCAGUUUAUACACACACACAUACACACACAUAAACUAGAAAACAACAGGAGAUACAAGGGUAGAGAUCAGCAGUUUACAAACAGACACACACACAUAAGAAAACAACAGCAAGUGGUCAAACUCAUUGUAAUUUAACCAGAUGCUGUAACACCUCUGGCCAAAUCCAUGUUCAGAACCACAAUGCAAUCUGGCCCCUACCACUCAGGGUGUGGUCAAGCACUGCCUAGAAGAGGCUGGUCACCAAGGCUAUAGAUGCACACAAAGUAUAGAAACCAGUCAUCAUGUAACAAUUAUAGUUUGUAAAUAUGCAGUCCUAUGGGGGGUAAAAGGACACACAGCAAAAGUUAAUAGCCCCAUUUAGUGUUUUGUCAGCACAGAACUCUUCCCCACCUCCCUUUUCCAGAAAACAGACCUCAUUACAAAUCUGGACAUCAGAUCCAUCAUACUGUGAACCAUCUGUGAUCUAGAAACAUCUACUUGAGGUACAAGGGUGGCUCAGCUAAUCAAGAAAACGCCUGCAAUGUGGGAGACCUGGGUUCCAUCCCUGGGUUGGGAAGAUCCCCUGGAGGAGGGCAUGGCAACCCCCUCCAGUAUUCUUGCCUGGGAGAUCCAUGGACACAGGAGUCUGGCAGGCUACAGCCUCCAAGGUCACAAGAGUCAGACUCAAUUUAAAGACUAAACAUUUCCGCCAUAACAACUUGAUGUCAGGGGUGGUGGCCCUGAAAAUGAAGUCCUAUAAGGGGUGGUGGACUAGGCUUAGGAUUGGGGAGGGCAACAAGGUUUCUCAACAACUCUAAAGACAGGAAAAGGUGGUUAGGCACAGGACAGAUGUUUACUCUAGGGCUAACUGGACGACCCCCACCUCUAGGGCUGUCUGGUGAAGUUCCACAGCAGCCUAAGGCCAACAUUAAACAAGCCCUUUUCCAUCA